GGUACAAUUUUUCGUUCCUAAACAUCAUUACUGCGGAAGACAUAAAUCACAGAACAUUGUUCAUAUACUUGUAUAGUGUUUCGUGAUAUAAAUAGCUAACGCGAAACGCGAGUCAAGAAAGAAGAAAUGGAAGUUGUAUUUUCAUUUAACCUGAUGAAAAAAAAUGUCUUGUAGUAGUUCAGACGACGAAAAUUUGGAAUUAUUGAAAGAAGCUCAAGACAGACAAUUUUUAAAUGAUCGCUUGUUCACUGGAAGUAAAGAAAAAUUGAACUCAGAAAUCACUAAUAAAGUGUCGGAACCAUUGAGAAAAUCUGCAGAUGAUGAAAAUUACAAUUUUUUCAAAGUGACCCCCGAAUUUCGCACUCAUGUUGCUAAACAUCUCUCAUCACUUCUAGACAAACACCUAAAGAAAAACUUGGAAUAUACAGCUUCAGAUGACAUUACAAGGAAAAAAAGAAAGAAAGGUGGUAUCAAGUUACUUUCAGAUUCAGAAAAGUAUUUAAAAGUGGAAAGUGAAUCUCUGGAAGUAUCACCUAAGCCUAAAAAGUUGAUUCGUACCACAAAACACCAAAUCCAAGUAGAUGAAGAAUCUUUGCAACAAUUAUCAGUUUCAGGGGUUGACAUAUUGAAGAAAAAGGGUAUAGAACAUUGGUCGAAGAGAUCGAAAGCACAGGUUUUCCAGUACAAGAAAACUUGCUCUGGGGAGUUAAUGUUGGUUGAUUAACUAUGUGUUCUGGUCAUUGGUGUGAAAUUCACCAAAGACUUUAAAGAUGUCUCACAUGCCUCCUUUUCGUUUGAAUGUACCAAACAUAGGAGGUGACUUACCCCCUGCACCUCCUAAUCCGAAAAAACGUAGGAAAAAUGCUCAAGCACCAAUACAGCCCCCUCCAACUGUCCAAGAUUUGCUACCACCCCCUUUGUCUGGAUAUGGAGAUACAAUUGUAGCUUCCAAUCCAUUUGAUGAUUGCCCUAGUAAUGUCAACACUGUUAAUCCAAUGUCUAGAGGACACGGCCCUUCUAUGGGACUUGGAGGACCUGGACCUAAUAUGGUGAUGGGAAAUGCCAUGGGAAUGUAUCGAUCCAUGUGUCCAAAUCCUCCAAUGGGUAUGGGAUCUCCUCUUAUGCACAGCCCAAAUGCCCACCAGAUGAACAACUCAAUGAUGAUGAAUGGUCCUAGAAUGGCCCAUAUGGGGCCUGGACCCGGUCAAGGACACGGUCCUCCUCAUAUGAUGUCAAGUCCCAAUGGGCCAGGCCCAGGAGGACCUAUGGGUCCUAAUAUGAAUAUGACAGGCCCUCCGAUGCAUAGUCCCAUUGGAAACAUGGGUCCCAUGUCAGGUCAAGGUCCUGGAAAUGGGCCACCCAUGGUUGGCAGUCCCAUGGGUCAUAAUGGUCCAAUGAAUGGAGGUGGUAUGAAUAAUCCAAUGGACGGACGAAUGGAUGCCAGGAUGGAUGGCCGAAUGGAUGCGAGGAUGGAUGGCCGAAUGGAUGCGAGGAUGGAUGGUCGAAUGGAUGCCAGGAUGGAUGGCCGAAUGGAUGCAAGGAUGGAUGGCAGAAUGGAUGGAAGAAAUAUGGGAGGCCAGCAGGGACAUCACGGGCCACACGGACCUCAUGGCCCUCACACUCACCAUGGACCACCGGGAGGGCCUGGAGGCAUGAAUAUAUCAUCACCCAACGGUCCUCCUAUAGGACCACCCAUGAAUAACAACAAUUUCAUAAUGUCCCCCCUGAACAAUAUGUACUCCAAACCUAUGCCUGUCAGCGCUGGUAAAGUGUAUCCUGUUGACCAAUCCAUGAUUUUCAACUCUCAAAACCCCAACGCUCCACCCAUAUAUCCAUGUGGGAUAUGCCAUAAAGAAGUACACGAUAAUGAUCAAGCCAUACUAUGUGAAAGUGGGUGCAAUUUUUGGUUUCACAGAGGAUGUACAGGUCUGACGGAAGCAGCUUUCCAACUCUUAACGCAGGAAGUGUAUGCAGAAUGGGUUUGUGAUAAGUGUUUGCAAUCAAAAAACAUACCUUUGGUUAAGUUCAAACCUUAAUAUCAAAUCCAGUGAAGACUUCUUAGAUGAAUAAGUAAUAAAAAGUGUAGGUCAGAAUGUGCUGUGACUGGGGGUGAAAAAGUCUCCCAAAGACUAAUAGAAAGUGAAUGAUUGGUUUAUAAUUCUUUAUAAAAAGUCUAAUGUGGUUUUGAGAUCUCAAAUAUUUUCAGUAUUGUAUUAAGUUAGUGGCCAAACUUAGCCACUAUUGGAAAAACGAUGGCUAAUUCAGGUAUCUGGGUAUUUGAAUCAUUUUUUUUUAUAAAUUCAUUAUUUCUUUAAUGUACAGUAGAACUUCGAAUACCUGGAUCAAUUGGAACCAACCCUAGUCUGGAUAAAUCAAAUAUCUUGAUAAUAAUAAUAUUUUACAAAAAAGGCUAUUUUAAAGCAAAAACGUCUGAAAAAUGUUCGAGUGAAAGAGGCAUAAAGUGUCUGUUACGCUGUAUUUGAAACAUUAUUUCAACAUUAAGUCUGUCUACAGUAUAAUGUAAAUGGUGCUUAUGUACAGUAUGAAUAUUAUUGCUUAAACAUUUUGGCGAGAGUUAGGAAAUAUUCUACUAUAGCUCAGCUUCUGAGCUUGUACAGUUUGCAAUGUGGUUUUGUCUUAAAAAUCGAAACUAAACAAUUUGAUUUCUAAUUCAAUUGAUUUUUUGGUGUGUAUGUAAUAAGUUAACAAAUUUGAUUUUCAGUACUAUUAGUUCUCCCGGUUUUGCAGUUCAAAACAUACUAGGAAAUUAUAAGAACAGAACAAAUGUUUGAAACAAACACCAGAACCGCAACACUGAAGAGUACAUUUUGGUUCUGGUCUUUAGUAGCGGCGCUUGUUUUCGGAUUACUUUGCUUAUGCCAGAGGUUCCAGUUCUACUUUUGAAAACAAAUGUUUUUUUUUUUCAAAAAAUUUAGGUCCUAACUGAUGAACUAUAUCAAAACUCUUAAAUAAAAAUUUUUUAGUUGAUAUUAAUAAAAUACAGUGAGCCACUGGAUAUUAUUAUAUGAGGUGGAAUCGGUCAAUACAUGAUGAAAAUCCACAACAUAUUCAAGAAAAACUAUUGUGAAAUUUCUACUACACAAUUCACAAAACGGCAACACGUGUUUCGCUAUACAAUAGCUUCUUCAGGCAUAUAGGCACACAAAGUUGCUACAAAGUAGGAUCUACAAAGGUAUUUGUUUAAUAUUGCAGAUGCUUUACCUCUCAUCAGUGUAGGAAAUGUCAAUUAAUCCUUAUUCAGAGUUCCAGGAACAAUUUUGUUUGUGUUGGAUCUUUUCUAUCCUGAGGUAAUGCCUCAAAACCCGUCUGUAAGUGAUCUACUCGAUAAAUUUCAAUGAGGAUCUGCUGUUAUAUAAAUGAAAAGCAAUUGCAAUACUUUUCUGGGAGGUAAUUUGGAUUAGUGUCUGUUAGAUACAAUUCAAUUCCAAUCGGCGUAUAGACACGCCCCAAGAUGCCACGUGUUGCGCUAUUGAUAAAGUGUGUAGUGAAAAUUUUUUAUUAAUUGUUUCUUGAUUAGGAUGUCAUUAUAUUACAAGAGGUGUGAUAGACUAAAAGUUUCAUUUUAAGAUUGUGGGAUUGAGUGUCUUGGUGAAAAAUGAAUUGUAAGAAAAACUUCGAAUUUUGGAAAACAAUGUGGCCUUGGUGGUGCAGCGGAAAGUCAUUUCCUCUUCAGGUAAUGUACCGUUUUUGUUCAUCAUAAGUCUAAGUGUUACUAAAAAAAGUUGUUCAAGAUGAGAAAUUAUGGCUCUAUACAAAAUUUCAAGAAGAUUCAGCUAUUUUGAUCAAAAGGCCUUGUUUUCAGGUUCAACAUAAAUUAUAUUCACUCACAAAUUAAUCGCAGAUAAUGCUAGAAGGUACUUUGAAUAGAUAUAUACUGCCUUGCUAAUCAAGAUCGUCGCAUUUAUAUUUUGUAAAAAUAAUUUCAAGCAUGUUACAGUAGUGUUUGCACCAUUUUCCAUUAUUGUACUUAAAAUAGAAGUCAUAAGAUAAUGAUUGUUCGAGAUAUUUACAACUAUUACCCAUAUACAUCCACGAUAAUAAAACAAUUCAUAAAUCAAGUAACGGGUCAGUAUACAAUUGAGUGCUCAUAUCGCUUCAACAAUUUGUAAAAAACAAAUGUUACUUUCAUCAAGUCAUGCAAAAUGUGGAUAAGAACUUCCUGAGUAGCAGCAGUAUUGAACGUAGAGCAAUGAUCUUCUUACGUUCUGUGAAUCUUAUUUGAGAGAAACUAAAAUUUAGUUUGUUUUCAUUUUAAUAUAUUUUGUACAAAAGGGAUACCUGAAAAGAUAAUGUUUUUUGCUCGACAAUCAAGACCAACUUAUUUUUCAAAAACUGAAAAUAUUCUUGAAAUUCUUUUUUUGCCAAGCAGAGCUUAAAUCUACAAAAUUGAAAUCAAAUUCAAAUAUUUUCAGUCCAUCACAGUAACAUCAAUCUUAGGACACACUGUAUAUAUGUACUUUAUAGCCAGUGUGAAUUUAAACCGAAUGAUUUAGCGAAUAUAUUACUGUCUUGAUACAAUACUUAUGUAAAUUUUUUCAUUUUUAUAAGAUCAUGAAAAUUUGGUCUAGCUAAUUAAGGACUAUGUAUAAUUAUGAAUUAUUUAUGUAAUAAAUUAAGAUGAUUAUAUUUGUAAAAUACUUUAUAAUGGAUGAUAUUGUAAUAUAAUGUUAAUCACUGA